CCAAAGCAGAGCACCUUCCGGUCAGCGCCGUAUCUCCGCUGCUUUGCACUGGCGGGCGCAAAUCGAGCUCACCGCUCUCCUCCGCUUCCCUCUUCAUCCAUAAAAGAUCACCGAAUUCUUCUCCUACACUCUUUUCUCCACCUCGUGAUGGCUCUUCUUCUAACCCUACCGGAGUUAUUCUCUACUUCCGGCGUCAUCAGAUACACCCGCCGGAGAAUCGUCGCCGACGGCCGCUGCUGCCGGCUUCCUAGAGUCGCGCGGCGCAGUUUGAUCGCAUAUUGCAGGGUAGUCGAUCGUGAGACGAGCAUCGUUAGGGUUUCCGACCCAAUCAAGAACGCCGGCUUCAACCCUAUCUUAUCGGUUCCGGUGCUUUGGGUGUCUUCCGCUUCGCCGCCGCCUCCUUCGCUGAGGCAGCAGCUGCAGGAGAUGGAUGGCGGUGACGAUAAGAAUGACUAUUACGUGAACCUCGGCAACGCGAUUCGAACGCUGAGGGAGGAUUACCCGAUUAUUUUCUACAAGGAACCCGGCUUCAGUAUCUAUAGGGAUGAUAUUGUCUUCAAAGAUCCUCUCAAUACGUUUGUUGGAAUCAAUAAUUACAAACAGAUAUUUUCGGCAAUGCGAUUCAUCGGCCCGGUUUUAUUCAAAGCUCUGUGGGUCGACAUUGUGAGCGUUUGGCAACCAGUUGAGAAUACGAUCAUGAUUCGAUGGACGGUUAAUGGCAUUCGUCGUGUGCCUUGGGAGAGUUGCGGUCGCUUCGACGGCAUAUCUGUGUACAAGCUUGACCGGAAAGGGAAGAUUUUCGAGCACCAGGUGAAUAACAUUGCUCGUAAUCCUCCAACGAGGUUCAAGAUCAUUGCGGUUGAGGAGCUUAUUCAGUCACUUGGUUCCUCGUCCACACCAAGGCCUACUUUUUUCGAGACAUAUGUGAGUGAUAAAAUUUCUAUGCCAUUUCUGUUAGAAUUUUUGUUUGUUGGGUAUUAUUUUGUUGUAUGUUUGUUGUUUUAUGAUGUAUAUGAGAAGAUGAGGAGCUGUGGUUUGCUUGAAAGCUACAAAUUGUGUCAACAUGUUAAUAGGGCAGGUGACAAAUUGUGUCAACAUGUUAAUAGGGCAGGUGAAUUUUGUAAAUUAGUUGCUCCAAUGUAAAUAUUUUAAUAAGACUGUGUAUGUUGGGGUAAUACAUAGUUACUGGGCUCAAUAGAUGAACUCACUGGUGUCAUUUUUUUUUUUUAAAUAAAAGAUUUAUCU